CUGACAGCUCACAGAGAAGUACGUUGCCCUGAUAAACUUCGGUUUCACUUUUGCAGCCAUGUCAGUGUUGUUUGUGGCACCAAAACGAGAUGUUUGGUCGAUAGCCCGUCUGAAUUUAAGCACCUGGAAACCCCGCCGUCGCUCCUCAUCCGCCUGAGUGCCAAGCAGGAGAGCAGCUUGGUGAAAGAGGAUGGAUGGAGUCCGCUGGAGCACCACGAGGGCCCAGGAGUCUUUCAGCCGCUCCAAAACGGCAGCAGACACCCUGUCCAGGCUUGCCAGCUUCAUUGCACGGGCAGACACAAAGCACACCCAAAACCAAAGGCAGCAGCCAUCCCACUUACCCACAUUUGUUUGUAAAGAAUGUGGUAAGGCCUUCCCUUACACCACAGACCUGUUGCAUCACCAGGAACUUAAACACACAUUACCCAAGCCGCACCGCUGUCCCUCCUGUGGGCAGGAGUUCUCCCUGAGGUCGUCUUUGGAGCUACAUAAGUGCAAUCAUGAUUCUUCCCUGUGUGAGCGUUGUCACGGAGAGUCACGGCUGGGUUCUCCAUGUUCUGCAUGUAAGACGCGCAGCUCAGAUCCUGGCAGGCUGCGGGACAAGUCACCUCAUCGCCAGCCUCACCUCCCAGAUAGCAGCCCUUACGCUUGUGCCCCAUGUGGGAGAGGCUUCAGCCAGAAGCAGGCUCUGCUGCACCAUCAGCAAGCUGGUUGUAGCGAACCGCCGUCCCCAUCAGAUGUAGUCGAUGCAAGUAGCCUUCCAGACGAUUCUCCACCUGUUUCUGAGGGAGACUCGACCUGCUCUGAUUCUUCAGACACCCCCGGGCCCAGCAGCAGAGCUGUCAAUGCGUGCCAAUUCUGUUCAAAAACGUUUCGCACAGAGGUCGGAUUGCAACGCCAUGAAGAGAGCAGCCAUGCAGAGGAGCAGCAGACGGCUCCACACAGACAAAGGACCAAAGGAGAAGGUGCUGUAAGGAGAAGAGAGACUACCAGUGUGAAUGGAGAUCUAAUUAAAAUGCCAAAAUCCCAAAGGAAGCUUCUGAGCUGUCGCUCUUGCGACAUGGUUUUCAGGAGCACCUCAAAGCUGUACAUGCACCGAAAAGAGAAGCACAGCAGAGAGAAAAUCAUCAUGAGAGAACCAAGGCAGGUCAUCAAGAAGCGCAGGAGAGGAGGCAUCUAUCCGUGUCAGAUCUGCGGCAAAGUCUUCGUCCAUCAUUUGUCACUUCGGGCUCAUUACAGACAGCAUUCAGCCUCAAGCUUCACCACAUUUAAAAACAAAGUCCAGCCUGUAGGAUGCACCACCAAAAAGUUAGCUGAAAAUGGACCAAAUCAAGUAAAAACCAAUACAGCGGGAAAUCCGACUGUUAAGGCUGGUCCAGGGAGGCCCAGGAAAGUGGCUAGAAUAGAGAACAAGGUAACUGAUCCGGAAAGAGCAGAGAGGUCUCAGAAAGAAGAGGAGGAGAGAGAGUUUCCCUGUCCUUCCUGUGCAGAGGUGUUUUCUGUGCAGUCACAGCUGAGGGAGCACGUGGAGCUCCACCAGGCCUCGGUGAAGAGGAGGCAGUGCAGCGUGUGCACCAACGAGAUGGACACCUGUAAGUGGCCUGGCUCCAAGCGGCACCGGCUGUACCACUGCGUGCCUUGCCAGCAGGGUUUCUCAGCACUGGACUCUUUCCUAGAACACUGUCAGGAGCACCUGCGAGUGCGUGUGGAGCAGGACAGCAUCACAGAGAGCUACACACAUCAGGCCAGCAAGGCCUGACGCCCAGUUUGAAUGUCAGCAGAGAUUUGCCUUUUUGCCUUGGAAGGGUCAGAGAGCGGAGUAAUGAAGUCUUGAUUGAGCAUUCAGAAUAUUUGUUUCUGUACCUAUACUGAUGGUUUAAUUUGACACAUACCAUAAUAUCCAGGUAUAAAUGAAUAGUUCAGAGUUUUUUUUAAGUGGGGUUGUUUAGGGUAUUUAUUCACAGUCGGUCUGGGACGUACUAGAUUGGAGAAGCAGACUGAAGUCCAAACACAGAAGCUAAGCAAUGUACUGCUGUGGAGGGCGUUCAGCAACAAAACUUAUUUUAACUCUUUGUAACCUGGAUGGACAUUGGUUUUUCUUGGGCAAGUAUUUAAACCUUUGAAACAUGAGCAAAAAGGUUUAAAUUUCUUCAAAAACA